GCUGCGCUGCGGCUCGCUCCACCGGGCGUUGCGGGCCGUGACGGGCGGGUGACAUGCCCGGGAGCUGAGAGGCUGCGCCGCCGGGUGUUUGUGGAUUUACUCUCCAGUGAUUACAUACUGCAGUAAUACAAUUAUGGCAGCUUUCCAGCCUUUCAAGAAUAGUCAUGUAAAAAAUAAAGCAUCUGUUCGAAAAAACUUCAGCGAAGAUGUGUUUCAGUCUGUAAAGUCUUUGCUACAGAGUGAGAAGGAGCUAUGCAGUGUAUCAGGAGGAGAGUGUUUAAACCAGGACGAACAUACCCAGUUAACUGAGGUCACAUUUCUGGGCUUUAAUGAAGAAACAGAUGCUGCUCAUAUACAGGAUCUGGCUGCAGUUUCACUGGAACUUCCAGACCUUCUGAAUUCACUUCAUUUCUGCAGUCUAAGUGAAAAUGAAAUCAUUUGUAUGAAGGAUAUCAGUAAAACAUCAGAUGUAAGCAGUAGCCCUCUAAAUCAGAGUCAUCAUUCUGGAAUGCUUUGUGUCAUGAGAAUGUCACCUACAUUACCAGGACUCAGAAUUGAUUUUAUCUUUAGUCUCCUGAGUAAAUAUGCUGCUGGCAUAAGACACACCCUGGACACACACUUGAAUCAGAAGCACCACCUUGAGACCACUGAUGAAGAUGAUGAUGAUACAAACCAGUCUGUGUCUUCCAUCGAGGAUGACUUUGUCACUGCUUUUGAGCAGUUAGAGGAGGAAGAAAGUGCCAAGCUGUGUAAUGAUGAAAUAAAUAUUGCUACACUAAGGAGCUGGUGUGAUGCUGCCUCUCAGACUACUUCAGGUCACCAUUUAGGAACCCAUGAUUUUAAAGUGUUGGUUAAUUAUGGACCACAGAAGUCAUUGGCUAAGCCCUCAUCUUCAAGAAAUGUUGUGGGACGCAGAGAAGCAUCUUCUGUGAAAACAUCAGUUACAACAUCAGUUUCAGAGCCCUGGACCCAAAGGAGUCUCUACAGGUCGCCCAGUACUCCAGAUAAAGGCAGAGGCACACAGGAGACAUCCUUCCCUUCUUCUCCUGCCCACUCCUCGGAGUCUGAGUGCUCAAGCCCAAGUCCUGUGAUUUUUUUGGAUGAAGAGGGAUAUCAAAAAUGUUUAAAAGCGAAACUUGAGCUGCCUGAAAUUCCUGUGACACAGGAUGAUGUAGAGGAUUCAGACUCAGAAGUGAGUGAGUUUUUUGAUAGCUUUGAUCAGUUUGACGAGCUAGAGCAGACUUUGGAGACUUCUUGUCCGUUUAUGAGAGAUCCUGUCAUAGGGAAGUCCUCGCAGAAGGUAGGGCACAAACAUGAAAAAUCUUGUAUGAAUCCUCAGAAAUUCAAGUUUGAGCGUCCAGCUCUUCCAGCUAAUGUUAGAAAGCCAACUCCACGCAAACCCGAGUCUCCGUAUGGUCACCUGUCUGAUGCUCCAGAUUCCCCUCGUCCAGUGAUGGCCUCAGAAGACAGUGGGUUGUUUAGCCCUAUUCGAGCCUCUGCUUUUAGUCCUCCUGGAAGCUGUACUCCCGCUGAAUGCUUUUGUCAAACAGAUAUUGGUGGAGAUAGGAUUCAUGAAAAUCAGGAUCCUAUUUACUGCGCUUAUGAAGAUUAUGCAAAUAAUCUUUCCUGUGAAGUACUAGGCUCAGUUCUUUAUACCCAGUGUGCAAAUGAAAUGUCAGAUAUUAAUAGUAUUAAAAGAGGAGAAAAUAAUACUGUAGCUUUUAAGCAUGGAGACUCUGAUCAAAAAAAUAAAUGUAAAAAAUCUUCAGUGAUUACAGAUAGCGUUCAAAAGUUUGCAGCAGAUCUUGUGGGGAAAAGUUUUGGCAGUGCAUUUAAAGACUUACAGAAAGGAGUUUCUUCAUGUACCAAUGCACUGUGCCAGUUAGCUGUCAAAUUGACAUCGUCUGUAUUUCAGAUGGCAUUUAAUGAACUUAGAAGGCAGUGUGCAUUUUCACUGAAAGAACGAGCCAUUGGUAGCCUGGCUGGUCUUUUGGUGAGUGAAGCCUUAUCAAAUGCCUUGAAAGAUUUACAAUACAUGAAAAAGCAGAUGUUUACAAACACAGUUGCUAGGUUUGCGGCGGACCUUGCAGAAGAGCUUGUUUUUGAAGGUAUCAUGGAAGUGUGUCAGUUUUCCUAUCCUCCAACACCUGCAUCUCCACAGUGUCAGUCAUUUGACUUUGAAGACAAAGUCGUGAAGUCGUAUGCCAAAGAUUUAUCUGAGUCUGUCAUACAAGAAGCAUUCAUAGAGCUGUCACAGACUGAUGUGACCUUCACAACAAAGGCAGCAGCUAAUGUUUCUGUGGGUAAUGUCAGCUACGUGAGCACAGAAAGUAUAGUGCCACCUACACAGACCUUCACAUGCUCAUCAUCUUUUAGCAGUCAAGCAAUCACAAUGACAAAACCAGUGCAGGAGCGUAACAAGGAAUACACAGUGCAGCAGGCUUUGUUUUGUACUUCAGGAAUUGUCACUUCAAUACCUGUGCCCUUGGCAGGUAGUGCCCUUCUCCCGUAUCAUAUUUCAUCUACUUUGUAUCAGCCCAAGUCUCACUUGUCGUCUGAGCAUAGUAAAUCAAAUGAUAAUUCUACCCAAGAGCACAUCACCACAGUGAGCAGUGAAGAGAAAAUGGAUUGUUCCAGAAAUACCUGUCUACCUUCAGAACUCAAUCCCCAUAACCAGAAUGACUUCAAACCAACCAAUGGUGAUAUUGACAUGCAGAGCCCUUCUAGUGGCCCUGUGAUUAUCGGCAACUUUUCUGCAGCAAUGGUACAUACAUUAGUAAAUGAAACCUUAGAGUCCAUGACAUCCUUCAACGGCACAAAAACUGUUGAUACAAAUGCUGAUUAUUUAACCAAAACAAUAAAAGGAAAAGCCUGUCCCCUUUCCCUUUGUGACCAAGCAGCACCACAGCAGAGCAAAGCUAGUAGUAAGGACACGUUUGCUGAGCAGUUAUCAAAGUCUAUUAUUAAACAUUCCCUGGAUAAAAGCAAAUCAGUGCUUCCAAAUAUAGAUAAAAAACCAGCUAGUAGGGGAUGCAUGCCUGUUCUUGGAGAAGAAUCACAGUUGACCUUGGAGGAAUCUCCCAAAUCCCUUGACUUUCCAGAUCAUUCACCUCACUGCUCACUCUUGGCUGGAAGGUAUUGUGUUCCAGAAUAUGGAGAUUCUGUGGGUUUUGGAUUUUCUUCAGAGACAUUGCCACCAUCUCUAAUGAUGACAAGUCAGAAAUCUGACUUAAAGGAAUCUGUGAAGGAUAAGCCAGUGAAAAGGCAUAAUUUGAACAAUACUGCACUCGAGUCCUUGUCUUUUGGACAGGAGAGCUCUUUACGUCACUCACAUACUUUAUCAUCUGCAGUGCUUACCUGUGUAGAUGGUUUGCAUGUGGAAGAUAAACAGAAGAUCAGAGACAGAAAUGGAAUACCUGAUACUCCUCCAUCAACCCCUUUAGUGCCAUCCCAGACUAGUUCUGAAUGGGACAUCAGAAAAUUAACCAAAAAGCUCAAGGGGGAGUUAGCCAAAGAAUUUGCACCUGCAACACCACCUUCUACACCUCACAACUCAUCUGUUGGUAGUUUGUCUGAGAGUGGACAAAACACUAUAGAAAAGGAAGAGUUCAUGCUGAAACUUAUGCGAUCUCUUUCAGAAGAAGUUGAAAGCAGUGAGAGUGAAGAGCACCCAGAAAUGAAUGUGAAGUCAGAGUACUCAGGAAAGAAAAUUCAGUUUGCAGAAGCGUUAGCUACACACAUCAUUUCUCUUGCAACUGAAGUGGCAGCCUCCCAUUUAGAUCAUGAAAUCACUCAGGAUUUCAAGGUUCAAAACCCUCACUUAACUGUGCAGAGUCAAAGGAGUGUGCUGCCCGCCUCUUUAGGUCAUUUGGAUGAAAACAUACAGAUGUGCAGUUUUGCAAGUAAUGUGGCAGCUGAUGUCAUUGCAGAAGCCGAGAAAAUUGCCAAAGCUAGAAGUUGUGUGCAUUUCAGGCGUGAGGGGAAUGUUUGUCAUGUCGAAGGUGUCCAAGGUAAAGCAGAAGAGAAGCUGGGUGUUGCAUACCCAAGAGAAGUGGAUCCAUGUGUUCUUUCAUUACCAAGUUGUAUGCCAGGUCUGACAUACAAGUAUCCCAGUUGUGAAAGUGUGACUGAUGAAUAUGCAGGUCAUGUUAUCCAAGUGUUAAAACAGGAAGGUGGCAAUGGUGACUUAAUCAUGGAUCAGUAUGCCAGCAGACUGGCCUAUCGGUCUGUCAAGUCAGGAGUGCAAGAAGCAGCUAAGACAGUUAAAAUGAAGUGCAAUUCAAAAAUGUUCCCUGGGCACAAUCCUCAUGUGAAAAUAAACAAGGAACUUUUGAUGUUCUCAAAUAAAGAGCAUCACAAAGAAGUAGAUAAAAAGAGACAAAGAAAAAGAAAUGGUGGCCAUCUUUGCAGAUACCAAAUGUAUGAAAGGAUACAGGAUCCAUGUAGAAAUGAACUCUCUGAACUGUAUAGUUUUUCAGCCUCUCUUGCUAGCAGCAUAACAAGAGAUGCGAAGAAACAGCUGACAGCACCUACAGUUGAUUUGCGAAAAUCCUCAACAGAUUGUUGUCAUUUUGAAAAAUCUGGAUGUGUUAACAAGAAUGAGAAUAGUAUUGAACCAGAAUUUUUGAAGUCUCGUCAAUCUUUGAAAAACUAUGGAUUUUGCCAGAAUACAGGCAACUUAAGGGGACAUGAUUGUAGAGAGAAUGCUCAAUCUAUAGAACAGUAUGCUAGAAAAGUAGUGGGGGACACUUUAGAGCCAAGUUUAGGACCUGCAGUUUUCCAUGUUUCAGAGACUACAACAUCAGCAGAUAGGAUUACUCAUGCAGAAAAAUUGUCACCUCUUAUAAAUGAAGCUUGCAGAUACUGUGACCUUAAGGACCUUCAUGGUUGCACCAGAAAUCCUGCUCAGCCUCUUUCAAAACAGAGUCCGUGUGCUAGUACUAAGCCAGCUUCACAUUCAAAACUUAGUAGCAUCCAUCAGAAAUCAAGAAUUUUUCAUCUUGAUGUGCCUCAAAUUCAUGUUAAUCUUGAUAAAAGGGCAGUGCUUGCAGAGAAGAUAGUUGCAGAAGCUAUUGAAAAAGCAGAGAGAGAGUUGAGCAAUGCCAGUUUGGCAAUUGAUAGUGGAAUUGGACAAGAUGGCAUUAGCUUUGCUGAGAGCCUUACCACAGAAAUCAUGUCAACAGCUAUGACAAAUGCUGGGCAUGCUGUUAGCAGUUCAAAAGAAAUAGAAGAUUUUCAGUUAACUGAGUCAUUUGGCAGCCAACAGAUGAAUCUCAGUGUUGGUGAGGACAGCACGGGUAGCUGGUCCAACUUAAGUUUUGAGGAUGACCAUCAAGAUGAAAGCAGCAGUUUUCAUCAUCUCAGUGAAAGCAGUAAUGGUAACAGCAGUAGCUGGAGCAGUCUUGGUUUAGAAGGAGAUUUGUAUGAGGACAAUUUAUCCUUUCCAACAUCAGACAGUGAUGGAGCAGAUGAUAGAGAUAUCGGACAGGAGGAUGGUGUGGAAGAUCUGCAGCAAAAUGGAAAGACUCUGCUAAUUAUGAACAUUGACAUGGAGCCAGGAGCAGUAGAUCCUCAGCUAAGGAUUAUUCUUCAGUGGCUCAUUGCCUCCGAGGCUGAAGUGGCAGAACUUUAUUUCCAUGACUCUCCAAAGAAGGAGUUUAUAUUACUUUCAAAGCAAUUACAAGAGAGAGGAUGGAAAGUGGGAGAUGUCCUUCAGGCUGUGUUUAAAUACUACGAAGUGAUGGAAAAAACUUCAAGUGAGGAAAGAUGCAAGUCACUGUUUGAUUGGCUUUUGGAAAAUGCCUAGAACAAACUCCAGACCAGUAUAUUUUAUUGUUUGUUUUAGGAAGUUAAGAACCUGAUGACUCAUGUUUAGGAUAAAAUUCAGAUGCAGAAUAUUAACAUUUUAAUUGAAUUGAGAGGGAAGAAAGAAUCUUUUUAAGUGCUUUCUGUCACCACACUGUAUAUAGUUCAUACUUUUGUAAUCUUUGUCAGAGUAUUCUUUUUACUUAUUCUUUUGUACAUGUGUUUGUGUUAUUACCCUGAGAAAAAUAUCUGUAAUGGGGGAUCUUCCCCUGAGGCUGGGGCAUUGUCUACAGCAUGUGUUUGGAUAUAUACAGGGCUGCUGCAAACAGGGCUGAGGCACUGGCCUGGCCCAAGUGAUCACUUUGUCCCUUUGAAAACAGUUGGCACCUGAUACGGAGGCUGAUACUUGUUGUUUAUUUAUUUCUGAUAACUUUGUAAUCUUUAUGUACUAUUCUUUCAGAUCAGUUUUAUUUCCCUACUUCAGCUAUUGGUACUUCUAGAUUUCCCCAGACAUUUAAUUUCUUAGCAGACUCAUUAGUGAUUUAGGUUUCUGUGAACACCAGAAGUGAAUUUCCCUAGCCUUUCAUCAAGUGAUUUGCUAAUGCUGCCAAUUGUUCUGGAAUGAGAAAUAAAAAUGGGGGUGGGGGAAAUGUGUUGUGUGAGAGAGAGAGUGUGUGCGAGAAUAACCUUAAACUUCUCACUAGUUUAUUUUUAGUGUUUUCUUAGUUAGAAACCAUUGUUAACAAUAAAUAAAAUGUCUAAGUAUUGUACAGUAAGAAUUUUGUCCUUUUGAUUUUUUCCACAAAUGAAAAGACAGGUUGUAAAAUAAAUUGAAAAUUUCAAAGUUAAUGUAGAAAUGCACUCAGAGGACUCUAAUAGUGAUUUUCAGUGUUGGAUUUUUGAAGAUGAAGAAGAAAAACACCCUGCUUCACCAAGAAUAAUUUCUUUUAGCAUAGUAGUUCUCAAGCUUAUAAUUCUGUGACCCUUUAUGUUGUGGGUGACCCCCAACCAUAAAAUUAUUUCAUCGCUACUUCAUAACUGUGAAUUUGCUAUUUUAUGAAUUAUAAUGUAAAUAUAUCUGUGUUUUCUGAUGGUCUUAAGUGACCCCUGUGAAAGGGUUGUUCACCUUCCAAAAGGUUGUGACCAACAGGUUGAGAAUUGCUGUUUUAGCACAGUAGGUGCCUAUACCCCAAUAAAAUAUAUCUGGACUAUGUUGUGAAGUCCCUCUCAUGAUCUUUUUUGGCCUCUACAUUCCCUGUUGUGGUGUUAGAGGCUGCAAGUUGCUAUGAGUGAGAUGACCCAGGCUGUGUCUGUAAGAUUUAUGUGUAGAUGUUGGGUUCUUACACUGAACAGUUCUGGAAUCUAGGGAAAAUCAUUUUUUUUUCUUUUCUUUUUUUUUUUUUUUGUGGGGCUGUUGAUUUUACUUCAUUAUAUUUUCUUCCUCCCCUCCCCCAAGCUCUGACUUUUCUAGAAACUGCAAUGAAUAGAAGAUAUUGCACCUACCAGGGUAUUACAUUAAUUUGAGUUAGUAAUUAUUAUGGAAAAGUGUAUUUGUGUAGAGAUGUCUUAUUUGCUUUGACUCCAGAAACAAUUCUAAGUAUUUUGAAAUUAUGUUAUAAACUCUACUUUUUCUCAAUUUAAGAUAGAUUCACAGGGACAGCCUUUAACCUACAUUUUUCUAAAGUUCUUCAAGUAUUUUUCAGAGUGGGGAAAUGCAGGGAAUUACAUCCAUGUUGUGUUCUGCAGUUGUAGGGUUAUAGUACACUUGAACUGUCACACUGCACCUGUGUAAUUUGCAUGUAUGUAUAGGUUAGAUUAACAGUAAAGCCGUUCUGAAUUUCUUUGCGGUGGAAAUGACUGUGUGUUGGUUUAUAAAGCUGAAGCUGCUUAGGUGUCUUUCUGUUAAUGGUAUAAUCAUUUGAGGCAAGCUUUCCCUCUGCUCCCGUUUCCUCUGCAUUUUGGUGAUGCUGCGCUGUGCUCAGCGUUCUUUGCUUAGCUGCCACCUAGUGACAGAACAGUUAAGGGCGUUGGCCCGAGUUGUAACAACAAUAGUAGAACUCACAUUUGCAUCAGCUCUGUGCAGGAACACAGAGAACAGGAAGAAGUGUUGGCGGGGGGGGGGGGGGGGCAGAAGUAUGGGCCACGGUUUCUUACAGAAAGUGUUUGCGUGUGGCGCAGUGCCGUGGGCCGGGUGCAGUGUAAAGUAGGCUGCUUUAAGAUGUUGUGGUUUCCCAGGCGUGCUCCAUCUGCUUGCGUGUCUGGUUUUUGGAGCACCUCUGUUGAGGCUAGCUUCAUCUUAUUACAGGUCUCUUGACAUAUUUAUAUGGGAACAUUGUAUACUGCCAUUGUGUGCAUUUUGCUUCUAAUGAAACAUAUUUUACUCAAAACUGUUAAAGUUGUGAUGUACAAUGAACUGAUUUCUUGGUUUGCCAAUUUUAAAGGCAUUCUGUGAUCCACAGACAGAAAGAGAGGGACCUCUGCCGAGAAGCUGCUGGAAUGAUCUCAUGCCGAAAUAAUGCAGUUUUCAUGUCUGUGUUACCCUGAGUGUAAAUGACAUAUAUUUUAUGUGUUACUAAUGUUGAUUUUGGAAAUUAUUUCCUGAUUCAUUCAGGAGGAGUGUUUUACCAAAAGACCACAUAAGAAUUGGCAGUAAAAAUGGGCUGCCUCCUUAUGAUGCACAGCUCUAACAUUUUAUCGGCCUUCAGUGAACACAUGUAGUUUCUUUGUACUUUCGAGAAACGCUUCGUUCAUCCCUAACGAUGCUCAAUGUGAAUUAAUUCAAUUCAUACUGUUAUAAUCUACUUAACAAAGAAUUUCUGUUGCUGGUAGGAAGCUCUUUGUAGUAAGUGCACUGUGUAGAAGGUAAAAAUAGUUUGACCCAUUUGACAGCUGGCGGCCUUGACUGGGGAGUGCAUGGCCUCAUCAUCUGAUCCAGAGCCACGUGGCUGCCUGCUGUUUCACUAGUCGUCUUUGUCACAGGUUCCUAAUCAGUGUGUCAUUUUGUAAUUUAUCAAAGAAACCUUUACACAGAGUUUAAAUAUGUUGGGUCCAGAUGGGUAGGAAAAAAUGCUUUUCUUUUAAAAUUCUGUCUGCCCGUCACCAGCACGUGAAAAGUAAGGAGUGUCUGUGAGAAUUGGAAGGGCCCUCCUCAAGUCAAGUGCGCUUUUCUCAUUUUCAGCACAAGCCCCCUAGGCACCUGUUCACUGUGCGCCUGCUCUGACAAGCAGGCGAGGUGCUGGUCACUCCUGCCACUUUAUUUACUUAUUGUGGCCAUCUGUACAUUCCUUUCAUGUAGGUAGAACUGGAGUGCUCAGACUCUUACUUCAAUCAGUUGUACGAUUUGAAUACUAUUUAAUGCUAAUGUUGCUGGAUUUGCUGCCUUUGGUUACUUGUGCUGUGUUCAAAGUAAUCUGCAUUUUUGUUCAGUUAAUGAAUAUUUACAAGAAGCAACUUUGAAUAAUUGUGGCCAUUUAUUUUAGUUUGCGCAGUUAGUGCACUAAGGUCUUAUACUGUGUGAUACGAACUCCUCUUUUUGCUCUUGAGUAAUUUAAUGUUCAUUUGCCAAAAUAGGAACCUCAAAUUGCACUAAAGUUUUGUUUGAGCACUGGCUCAAAAAAAAUGUUUCAGAAAUUACUUUUGUAAUAGUUUGCAAUUAAUUGUUCUUUUCUCUUUACUCUUGUUCAUGCCUGUGAUCUUUCCUCUCCCAACUAAAAAUUAUUCAAUAAAUUUAAGAAAUGUCAAGCCACGGUUUUUAUCCUAUA